AUUCGAGUGCUGAACGUCGUAUUGGUCGCACGCGUGCUGUACCGCAACAGGUACGAAGUUAUCGAAAAGAUCGUGUUCGUUUAGUGCCAUAACGUGUAGUCCUACGAUUUGCUUUAAUUUCACUUUAAAUAAGACACUUUCUGUAUAUUUAUUUCUAUAGUAAUAAGUGAUAUUUAACAAUCUGUACGUCGGUGCACUUGAUCAGGUUGAUGCUCUUGACACAGCAAGCGCGUCAUAAUUUCGUACAUUUUCAUUUGUGAGUGUAGGUAAAUUAGUGACAGAAUGGUCUUGUUGUGUUCAUUGCUACCAGCAAUUCGUAAAGCCUAAUGAAUAUUCAUUGCUUUUGUAAAUUUAUACGGAAAACGCGAUAUCUGCUGUUAUUGUUCUGGCAUCAUUGUUAUGGUGAUCCGAGAUGUGAAGUGCUCAGGCGUAACACACAAACAGUAAAAUGAGUCUAAAUUAGCGGAAAAGACGAUUCAAUUAGCCUGUCAUUUAGAACUUUAUCUUAUUCUUGCUGUAGGAACUGGAAAUAAUAAUUAAACGCCGCCGUUUUGCGUUGUGUUUAGAGUUGUUUUGUUUUCACUCGGCCACUGAGGUUUGAUGUACUGAUGUCGUGUUUAAGAAAUGGAACGUCAGUGGGUUCGGUUUUUCUUUUAUGUUCAAGGAGGUGUGGUUGAAGCGCGCGAUUUUCCGCCGAUCACGUGCUUCGAGCGUCUACGGCUGGCUGCAUUAGCAUUCAGCCGCUCGAACUUGAAUAUAAUUUACCGUGAAACUUGAGGUUUUAAUAAAAGUUAGAAUAUAGUGAUUAAUAAAAUUAAGUCAUUUGAAGUUAUUAGAAGUAACGUAAUUAUUUUAAUAUGCAUGAUUUAUUAAUUGGUUACAUUUAGUAAAUACUUUAUUAAUUACUUUUGACGUAACUUACAAAAAAGUUGUAGAUUUUUAACAAUUGAAUGACCUCAUUAGUACCACUACAUUUUAAUUAAGUUAUACAUUGGAUUAUUUUGUUAAAUAAAUCUUAUGACAGCACCUUGCAUUUCUCUAAGAUACAUAACCUUGACAGUAGAUAAACCGCCUUAUAUAACAUAUUUACAAAUCUUUGUUUAAGACUAGAUAAUAUGAUGAAUCCAAAGUAAACGCUACAAUUUCCUUCAAAAAAAUCACCGCACUAAAAAAGAUUAUGAAGAUGUUAUCAUAACGUUGAUUUAGUACAAAAUAAUAAGGAGAUCCAAGAGUUUACAACAUUAAUAAAACAAUUAUCUUACGAACUCAAUUUGACAAUAGCAAUAAAAUUUUGAAUCUUAUUAAAUAAAUUGAAAUAUUUUAGGAAACGCUUUUUCAAAACGCCCGUUUAUCUUUUUAAACAAUUGUUUGAUUGAAUUUACUAAAUAAACUACCAUUAAAUUAUUGCUAUUUUUAAAGUGUUACUCCAUGUACAUUACUCAUCUACUAAUUUAUAAAAAAUAUUUGCAGCCAGUGUGACUUAAUAUUAAUCUGUAUUUGGCAAAUUAUCUAAAAGCGUAAAGCAAGAAAAUGAAAAUUCAACGCAAAAAUCUUUAAGAAAUCGUAUAAACAUUCACAAGAUUUUUGAUUUCGUUUUAUAUUUUCCUUCAGAAAUCUGAUAAAAUCACUCGCAAUUGUCGUGCAAUUUUCAAACGACGUACGGUAGUAUUCGGAACAAUUGAACGAACGGAAGAGGAAAAUCUUCGCGUCACGCUAGCCGAUAACUUCUUGAUAAAAACCUGUUGAUCGACAAGUGCACGAAAAAGUGAUAAAGUUGCAACCAUUCAAAAGAUUUAAUUUGUGAACCGUGAAAACAAACCAGUGUUGUUAUAAAGGAUAAGCGAAGUGAGUAUGAUUGUGAAAUAAAGAAAAUAAGCCGAGUAUUCGUAUUCGAAUAAAUUUUGUUCGAGAAAAACUGGAGCUCGAAACGUAUGAGGUGUCAGUUCUCGUCCAGCUGACAACAGAUGUCAUUCAGGACGAAGACGCAAUGUCGGCCGAUGGGUCGACGACAGAUAUCAACGGGCUGCUCAACGAUACUGAAUCUGAUCUCACCGGGCUAUCGCAUGUCGAUGCCCCGAAUGAUGCGAAUUACAUGAUAUGCGGUGUUGUGAUUGCCAUGGCCCUUGUGGGGCUUAUUAUAGUACUGCUGGCCUUAACGAUAAACAAGCUGCGCAAGCGGGAGGAGCAUUCGGCCUCUGUGCAUCCUGCCGAGGUGCUCCAAGCCGCCCCGGUGCCCCAGCCGGAGCCUCUUGCCUUUCGCCAGCAGCCUCUAUGGCAAUUCCCACCGCCGCUGCCCCCGCCUUACGUCUAUCCGCACGAUCAGGACAACUUGAUGCAGCCAAUCGGUAAUGAAAGGGCAAGUUUCCGCAGUCUUCGCAAGAAUAUUGGCGGUCGCUGGAAGCGACUUGUGAAGAAGAAGCCCGAACAGGAGGUUUACACGAUCCCCCCUGAACUCAAGCCUCAACUGAAGCAAAUCUACGUGUAUUAACCUCCGGAGCAACAUGCGCAUGUAACAGCGAGAAGAGAGGAAUCUUCAAUGCUGAUCUAAAAUGACCUCAACCGCGAUCUAAUGGUUGUAAUUACAAAUCCAUAUCAAAAUUUUUCACAACUGCACGGCAUUGUCGCCUUAUAUCUUUGAACAUAUCGUUUUGACCAAUUAAUUCUUAGUGACCAAUAUUGUGAACUGUUUUUAUUCUUAAAUUCAUUGUGAUUUAAAAAAAAAACCUAGAUUUGUAUUAAUAAGUAUUAGAACACUGAUGUAUGUGUGUUGUUCCGUCGCUGAAAUUUGAUUGUAAUGAAUGAGUGAUAGUCAAUGAAUUUAGUUUAAUUAAUUUAAUGUAAUGAAUGAACUUAGGAAAAUGCGGUCGCGCAUACUAGUGACGAAAAUCCAAUAAUUAUUGUAAAAUCAUGCCUUGUUAAAUGUAAAAUUUUUGGCUAUUUAGGGCAUUUUGUAGUUCUUUAAUUUAUUCUAGACGUGAUCGUAUACUAGAUGAACGUCGAUCAAAUAUGUCGUGAAGCCAUUACAUAUGUAUGUACUACGACUGCCUGAGAAUUACAAUGAGAGCAUUAUAUUGGACGCAAUAUCGUUUGAUGCAGUAUUUUUAUAUCAUUCGUUUUUGUUGUGAGUGAGACUGAAUUAUGGUACAAUUUAAACGUAACUUGACAGGAUGAAAUUAUUUUCCGAUAUUGUUGAUUGAUUGUUUCUUCCAUAUAGAGUUUAGUCCAAAAUCAAUUGAACUGCAGAGUUGAUAAAUGACGUCAAAAGUACGUCACACGCAUGCUAUUUUGUAGUGUAAUUUCGUUCUGAUUUUCGCCCGGUCUUUGCCUACUGUGAUAUCAAAAUCAAUUAAAUCAACUGAGAAAUGAAUUUUGCAUUUUAAAUUUCCCCUUCAACGAAUACCUUAUCAAACGUGCAGUGGCAAGGGCCGCUGGUCGAGGAUCUCCAUUGCUAGCUCAUAUUGAGCCUGAUGUUUGAUGAUAUAUUAAGUUAAUAGCUAGGUACAAUAAAUACAGCCAUGAUUAAUUUUUUUUUUCGUUGAUUCCUAACUGUUUUAGUAAAAGAGUUACAAUGGUUUUAACAGUGUAAUUAUAAUAGCGUGCGUCGUUAAUUUUUUUGUUUAGAAACUGUAAUCUUUCAUUGACAUAAUGAAAAAUAAAUUCCAUUAAAGC